AUGGUGUGUGAGAAGGGGAUCCAGAUCCUUCUCACCACCGUCGGGGCAUUUGCUGCCUUCGGCCUGAUGACGGUGGCAAUAGGGACGGACUACUGGCUGUACUCCCGUGCCCUCAUCUGCAACAGCACAGCCAACGUUACCCAGGAUGACCCCCAUAACAAGGACAGGAAGGAUCCUGGGGCGCUCACCCACUCUGGAUUGUGGAGGAUAUGCUGCCUGGAAGGAGUAAAGAGAGGAGUGUGUUCUCAGAUCAACCACUUCCCAGAAGAUGCAGACUUUGACCAUGAUGGAGCAGAGUACGUUCUACGGGUAGUCAGGGCUUCCAACAUCUUCCCGAUCCUCAGUGCCAUCCUGCUGCUGAUGGGAGGGCUUUGCAUCGCUGCUAGCCGUUUCUAUAAGAGCAAAAGAAACAUCAUCCUGGGGGCAGGAAUUCUCUUUGUGGCUGCAGGCCUCAGUAACAUAAUUGGUGUGAUUGUGUACAUCUCGGCCGCCCUGGGGGACAUCUCCCCGAAGAAGGACGAGGAUAAGAAGUGGCAGUACUCCUACGGUUGGUCCUUUUACUUUGGGGGUCUUUCCUUCAUCAUGGCCGAGAUGGUGGGGGUGCUCGCUGUUAACAUCUACAUCGAGAAGAACAAGGAGCUGCGCUGCCGGUCACGCACCGACAUUUUCAAGAGCACCACGAACGCCAUGCUCCGCCUGCCCAGCUAUCGCUUCCGCCGCCGCUCCCGCUCUUCGUCCCGCUCCACCGACCCCUCCCGCUCCCGAGACCCCUCACCUGUAGGGGGAGGCGGGGGCAAGAACUUCGGACUGCCCCCCUCCGCGCUGCUUUCCCAGGGCCCCAUUUCAGUAUCUACCUUACCAAACCCCCACUCUCGCUCCCACACGGCCCUGGCUGGAGGCGACAUCUCUCUCUACACGUUGUCCCGUGACCCCAAACUGGGGGGUUUGCCGCCCAUGUAUGGAACGGUGGACAGGGCCACACUCUACCAGCUCCACAACUGCUUCCCAAAGGAUGGAGGCGGUGGGGGGGUGAUGAUGAGUGGUACACUUCCAUCGCUUAAAUCCCACAACCCUUCCAACUCUUCCAACUCCAACGCGCCGAUGCCCAACUCGGUGGGCUCCGGCCCCCCACCCUUCUCCUCGUCCACAGUAGACAGGGAGCGAGGGAUGGGGACUCUGGACAGGCUGAAGGGGGACAGGGAGAGCAACUCUAACACCCUCAAUAGGAAGACGACGCCUGUGUAG